AUGUGGAGGAGCUUAGACCUGGCAAGGAGAAGGUUUUUAGCAACACGUAUUCGACAUUUUUCAAGUGCUAAAAAGUAAGUUAAUAGCUCGAAAAGUUUAUCUAGAUUAGUGAGUUCAAUUUAUUCAGCCAUUAAGGCCUCCUUUACACAUGUGUCUUGAGAUUUUUUAUCUACGACAAUAUAAUUCCAGAGAUUAUUACGAGAUCCUCGGAGUUUCCCGUACCGCAACUGAUCGAGAAAUCAAAUCAGCCUUCUACAGACUCUCAAAACAGGUAAUCCCCAUCUAUAACUCCCUCAAUUUUUCCUCAGUAUCAUCCAGAUGUUCCAGGAUCCGAUUCCGAAAAGUUUCUGGAGGUAAAAGAGGCAUAUGAUGUGCUUAGAGACACUAAUAAACGUCGGGAUUACGAUAACUUUGGUCAUGCUGGAGCCAACCCAUAUGCUCAUGGAUUUGGACAAGGCCAAGAACAUCAAAAUCCCUUCAGAAGCGAGGGAUAUCAGCGAGUUUACAGGAGAAACGUAAACCCACAGGAGUUUGAUCAGGUAUGUCGAAUUUUAUCUUGCAUUUUUCUGGAUUUAGAUGAUGAGAGACAUGGAACGGAUGUUCAGACAAUUUGGUGGAAGGAAUGCGAGCAAUAUGAACAGUCAAUCUAGUCGAUUUUACGGGUUCAGAAGAGAGUUUGAUCAAAAAGAAUUUGACAGGGUAAGAGGAAGCCACUUAAAGUAAUAUUAGAAUACCUGCCGAUAUUUUUGACGCUUAAAAGGGUUGAUUAUGCUAAGUUUUAUCAUGGAAACGUAUUUUGUUUGCAGAUAUGGGAAGAAAUACAGAAGAACACGGCUUCCCGAGGUGGCUCCAUCUUCGAAGACGCAUUUAGAAGAGCUCGAGAAAGAUCGGAUGCUUUUUAUCGACAACAGAACGAUGAAAGAUGGCAAAAUAAUAGUAAUGACAGGAAGGAUAAGUAAGCAAACGCAUUUUAGUGGGGACUGGAGAUAGUUUUGGCGCUUUUUUUGGGUUGAAAAUUCAUUUUUAUAUUCACCUUGACAUUAUUUUAGAGAGCAUUGGAACUUUUAUCAAUUCAGAGUGGAGAAUUACAUUGACACGAAGAAAUGGCUCCGAUUGCUUCAGGGGCUGUCAGUUGGAACUGUGCUGUUGAUAUUCGCUGCGUUUCUUUGGAAGUGAGCGUUUACAUUACAUACUUUAUUUACAGGGUGGGCCAAAAAAAAUGGACAAAAUUAAAAGUUGGUGUAUCCCGGCACGAAUACCGUUAUCAAUGGAAAGAAAAAUAGUUUUAUAAUUGUCAACUAUCCUGCUUUAUCACAACUAUUUAAAUUUUUAUAUACUUUUUCUGAAUCGCUGAUACGAGCCAAAAUUUUAGGCCAGCCCAUAUUCUGACCACGUUUUCCAAAAAUUUUGUGGGUCCAAAGAUCUUUACCGACCUAAAUUUCUAUAACUAGCCGAAACCUGGGGGUUGACUGUUUAUGGACGUACCAAGGGGAACCCAGAGAAGCAAAAAAGUUGAUAAUGUUCGAUUAAUAGCACUCCCCCAGUUCGCAACGUGAUCCACAAGAGGUCCAUCUAGAUAAUUCUAAAUUUUUGAGAUCAUUGACAUUGAAGACUCGCAGGUGAGCCUGUUUCAUGCUAUUAAUAGCAAAAAGUGGUCCCUAUAAGACACCUGACAUUGCUUUACAUGAGCCAGCAGUUGAUUUGGUAAUAGCUUGCACUAGCCGUGCGCAACACUUAAAAAAGUUUAGCCGGCAAUACCCAGAGACGCUGAUAUUUUUGGCCAGAAAAUUUUUUCUUUUUUGUUGGCGUUCUUGAACGGUCCGCAUAACUAUGACGGGAUACUUAUAUAUCAGGGUUAUACGACCCCUUUCUUCCAUUUUAAGUCAGUUUCGUAAAAUGAGGAAGCAGCUAACCUUCAGAAUCCAAGUUUUAUUGCGAUGACCCAUCAAAAAGUCAAAAAAAUCGAUUUUUGCUUGCCAUCUUGCUCAUUGAGUUGUACUAUUGUCAAAAAUGCGUUUAGUAUAUUCAUCAUAGAGUAGCAAACACCGUAUGAGGGUAACCAGUGUCAAAAGGUUCACCACGUUUGGUAGAGCAUUGUUUUUCCGAAAGCGCCCAAAUGAAGGUCGAUUUUCCCUGGCCGAGUGUCUAACUUCUGGUCACUGGUUCUUCAUUUUCCGAAAAGCUUGGGUUAAAUCCUUUUAAAGCCUAAGGGGGCAAGUCUCUUAGAUCUGCUUAGACCGCUUGGUAUGUCUUUACGGCCGCUCUAAAAAGUUUAGGAGCAAGAACUUUUAAAAUUUUGCUGCGGGAAUUGGCGCGCUGACCUGGUGACUUUCCUGCAACCGUAUGUUGGAAACUUUUGCAGAUAGAACAAAACUUCUACAGUAAAUAUGUUCCCUUAACACAGUAUUUUCAUGCCAUAUAUACCUUUUUUCACAAACUGUUUCAUGGCAGGAAAAAUCGAAGAAAAAUAAAUGUCCAUUUUUUUUGGCCCACCCUGUACAUACUUUUUUUGAUGACUAAAAUCUUUAAUUUUUGACUUUUAGACAAGAUUAUGACGCAACAAAGCCAAGAAAGGUUUAUCAUGAUCAAGAAGGAGACCUUUAUAAUCGACAGAGCAUAAAGAAAAUGAUGGAGACCCCGCCGAUUAAACCGCUAGACCAAGAAGUUCAUCAGGAGGAGCAAAACCAGCCCUUUGGAUUCCCGCAGACGUAUAAAUCCGAGUUUAGAUGA